AUGCGGCGCAUCUGCCGCCACCCCGCUGGGCCACCGCGUUGGACGCCAAGGUCUACGCAUAUCCCGAGGUCGCUUCGUGGCUUUGAUUGUGCGCUUUUCUUUGUCACCCUGUCCGCGGAACCGUCAGACAUGCGGGGAAGCAACGGGAGCUUUUCCUCGGAAGAAGAGGAUGCGGACGGCCGGGAGGGCCGCCGGCGAGCGGCCGACCCGCACCUCUCGCCCAAGAAAAGCGUCGCGCAGGUCAUGAAGGAUAAGAAGCGGCAGACGCAGCUGACCCUGCAGUGGCUUGACGAAAAUUAUAUCGUGUGUGAAGGCGUUUGCUUACCGCGGUGCAUCCUUUAUGCACAUUAUUUAGAUUUCUGCAGGAAAGAGAAAUUGGAGCCAGCCUGUGCUGCCACCUUUGGAAAGACAAUUCGCCAGAAAUUUCCACUCCUAACUACACGACGCCUUGGGACAAGAGGCCAUUCAAAGUAUCAUUAUUACGGGAUUGGCAUCAAAGAGAGCAGUGCGUACUACCACUCCGUGUACUCUGGAAAGGGCCUCACAAGGUUCUCUGGAAGCAAGCUGAAGAAUGAGGGUGGAUUCACUCGGAAAUAUUCACUUAGCUCAAAAACUGGAACACUUCUUCCGGAAUUCCCAAGUGCACAACACCUUGUGUAUCAAGGAUGCAUUUCUAAAGACAAGGUGGACACUCUCAUAAUGAUGUACAAAACCCAUUGUCAGUGCAUCCUGGACAAUGCAAUUAAUGGAAAUUUCGAAGAGAUCCAGCAUUUCUUAUUGCACUUUUGGCAAGGAAUGCCCGAUCAUCUUCUUCCUCUGCUUGAAAACCCUGUAAUUAUAGACAUUUUCUGUGUAUGUGACUCAAUUCUUUAUAAGGUGCUUACAGAUGUACUGAUCCCCGCAACAAUGCAGGAAAUGCCUGAAAGCUUACUAGCAGACAUUAGAAACUUUGCUAAAAAUUGGGAACAGUGGGUCGUUUCAUCCUUGGAGAACUUGCCAGAAGCCCUAAUUGACAAGAAAAUACCAAUUGUGCGAAGAUUUGUAUCUUCUUUGAAACGACAGACAUCUUUCUUACAUCUUGUUCAGAUUGCCAGACCCGCUCUCUUUGACCAGCAUGUGGUGAACUCCAUGGUCUCUGACAUUGAGAAGGUUGACUUGAACAGCGUUGGAUCUCAGGCUCUUCUCACCCUUUCAGGCAGCGCAGACAUGGAAUCUGAUAUUUACACCGAGCAUGACUCUAUCACAGUGUUCCAAGAACUGAAGGAUCUCCUAAAGAAAAAUGCCACCGUGGAGGCUUUUAUUGAAUGGUUGGAUACCGUGGUAGAGCAGAGAGUUAUUAAGACCAGCAAGCAGAAUGGGAGAUCCUUGAAGAAGAGGGCACAAGACUUUCUGCUGAAGUGGAGCUUUUUUGGUGCUCGAGUAAUGCAUACUCUCACCUUGAACAAUGCAGCCAGUUUUGGUUCUUUCCAUUUGAUCCGAAUGCUUCUUGAUGAAUAUAUUCUCCUGGCCAUGGAGACACAGUUUAAUAAUGACAAAGAGCAGGAGUUGCAGAAUUUAUUGGACAAAUAUAUGAAGAAUGCAGAUGCAAGUAAAGCUGCCUUCACUGCUUCUCCAAGUUCAUGCUUUCUCGCCAACCAUAAUAAAGGGAGCAUGGCUGCCAGUGACGCCGUGAAGAACGAAAGCUAUGUGGAGAUGACCUAUCUUCCUCUGCCCGCCGGUCAACCUGCAGGUUUAACCCCUGCUCUGCAGCCAUUCUCAGCAGGAAACACGGACAACCUGCCCCUCCCAGGUCAAAUGGAGCUUUCCCAGAGUGCUGGUCAUCUGAUGACGCCACCCAUUUCUCCGGCCAUGGCAAGCCGAGGAAGUGUCAUUAACCAAGGACCAAUGGCAGGGAGACCCCCAAGUGUGGGCUCAGUACUGUCAGCCCCAUCACACUGCUCAACAUACCCAGAACCCAUGUAUCCUACGCUCCCUCAAGCCAACCCUGACUUUUAUGGGACCAGCUCUAACUAUCAGACUAUGUUUCGAUCACAGCCCCAUGCUCCAACCGGACUCUAUUCUCACCGCGCCGAGCAUGGUCGGUGUAUGGCGUGGAGUGAACAACAGCUUUCUAGAGACUUCUUCAGUGGCAGCUGCGCUGGGUCUCCAUACAGUUCCCGGCCACCUUCUGCCUACGGCUCAUCCUCACAUGCCCAAGAUUCACACAGUAUGCAGUUUUUAAAUACAGGGAGUUUCAAUUUCCUGAGCACUACAGGAGCUUCCGGCUGCCAAGGAACAGCACUGCCUCCUCAGUCACCGAAUGGGUACUAUGGAAGCAAUGUAAACUACCCAGAGUCUCACAGACUCGGCUCAAUGGUGAAUCAACACGUUUCCGUCAUCAGCAGUGUCCGCUCCCUGCCACCCUACAGUGACAUUCAUGAUCCACUUCACAUUUUAGACGACAGUAGCAGAAAGCAGCCCGGCACCUUUUAUGCAGACACAGCACCUUCAGUUGCUUGUCGGACCCCAGUAGUAGCAUCCAGUUUGCAAACUUCAAUUUCUUCCACCUCUUCCCAGUGUAUGUAUGGAACCUCUAAUCAGUAUCCAGCUCAAGAAACUCUGGAUUCCCAUGGUACAAAUGGGGGGGAAAUAGUGUCUUCUUCUCUGCCACCUAUCAACACUGUCUUCAUGGGAACAGCAGCUGGUGCUGGAGGGACAUAA